UCCCAACCCAUCGUAUUCCUUCUCUUUCUUCAUCGUCUUCCUUCUGCUCUCUAUCUCUGGAGGAAAAGUGCUUGCUUUUGUGGUUCUUCUCCUCUCUGGUGGCAUUUCGAAUCCUAAUUCCCACUUUAUCCUCUCUCUCUCUCUCUCUCUCUCUCUCUCUCUCUCUCUCUCUCUCUCUCGCGUAUGGGCAGUUUCCGCCUGCCUUAAGGCAAGUUUAAGGUCGGCCAUUGGCUUAGAGAAACAUCUGUGCGACUUUCUGCAAUACCAAAUCGCAUACCUUCUUUCAGAUACGCGAUAUCUGUAAUUCAACAUUGAAAAAGGUUCCAUCUUUUGUUGCCAUCAACAGACUCGGUGGGGGGCAAACCAAUCCCAACCCAAAAGAUCGCUUCUUCGAAGUCAAUGGCGUAUCUUCAGAAUCCCUCUGAGACUGACAGAAGGGACAAUUCCGUGUCUUCCAACUCCUCCCUGUGUUCUUCUUCAUCUUCCCCAUCUCUGGGCCUUCAUCAUCAGCAAGCGAAGCCUGCCAAAAAGGCGGCCAAGGGCGGGGGCGGCGGCGCCGAGAAGCGGCAGCGCGACCAGAGCAGGCACCCGGUAUACCGCGGCGUGCGGAUGCGGAAUUGGGGGAAGUGGGUUUCGGAGAUCCGGGAGCCACGUAAGAAGUCGCGUAUCUGGCUGGGGACGUUCCUGACUCCGGAGAUGGCGGCGCGGGCCCACGACGUGGCCGCGCUCAGCAUCAAGGGCGCCGCCGCCAUCCUCAACUUCCCCGAGCUGGCCGCCUCCCUCCCCCGCCCCGCCACCCUGGCCCCCCGCGACAUCCAGGCGGCCGCCGUGAAGGCCGCCGCCAUGGAGCCCGCCGCUGUUCCGGAGUCUCCCGGGUCCUCGCCCCCUGCCGACGACGAGCUCGGGGAGAUCGUCGAGCUGCCGCGGCUGGACGAAUGGUUCCUCGACUCAACCGAUCCAGGCUCCGAGUUCGUCUACCACCACGACCCGCUCGACUCGUUGCUCUGCCCGGACAGCGAUCCUUACGGCGCGCCGUCGGCUCAGAUGUCAUGGUCGGACGCUUUGGUCCCAACAAACCUCGACACUCGUUUAUGGGAGUUCUGAGUCACACAAAUGUCAACCCUCUCUCUCUCUCUCUCUCCUUUCGAAUGCCCUUUCAAUUUUUCUGCAGGGCUAAAUUGCUCUUCUCUCUUCACUCUCUUGUUAGUAGCUUCAUGGAGCUCAUAAUGUCCAUGCAAUUCCAGAUCAAAUGCACAGUUGUUACUCGUUUCCUUUAUGAUGAAGCCUUCAGUUCA